AUGCCAGUGUUCAGUCCUGGAAACACAAAGAAGUCUGUGACCAACCAAAUUCAGAUUACUGUGUCACGUGCCAGAAAGUCUCCUGGGAAGCGGAUGUGCCCUGGAAACCCUGGAGCCAUCCAAAGCUCUGAUGCCUCCUGCAUCUUACCUUCCAGGCAGGAAGAAGGUCAGAACAUGGCUGUCCCUGGGGUCUCACAGCCAGUGUUCAGGCAGGGUGGUGGAAACACAGCCUCACAAGACCUGCUGCAUCAAAAGCUCCGGGGUGUCUCACAUCAACAACCCAUUGUGGUCCCUAAAAGGAAUGGAGUCAGUGAAGCAUUUCACACAGAGUCAGAAGCCCAGGGUCCCGGUGUGAAAACACAGCGCAGCCAGCAUGCUGCCCUCCAUCAGGGAAGACAGAACCCUGAACUUAGCUUCUGGACCCCAGGUGAGAAAGCUUCUUGGCAGCCCACACUGCCUAGCCAGAAAUCCUCAAAGAGACUAAGAGUCAACUCUACCAGUGCACCAGAGGAGAGCAAUGCAAGCACUGUUUUGAAGGCCUGCCGGGAUAGGCAGUCUCUUCCCAUUGCCAACAGACUUGGACUGAAAGAUGCAGUGCCAGUGAGCAAGAAAAUAGCAGCCCAGCUGCCCAGCACUGACCAAGAACAGCUACCAAGCAGGCCUGCUCUGGUCUCAGCCACACCCUAUGCUGAGUCCUCUCAACCAUCUACCAGCCAUGCUGUACGCCAGUCCCUGAGAAUGGUCUUUACUAGACUUAAUGGUGACUGCUGGAGCUCCAGGUUCCUGACAGUGUCCCCAGCACUUGCCCAUGAGAAGCAAACAGCUCCUUGGGAGGGCCCUGCCUUCCUGGAGAAAGGUGAAGCAGCACGCUCCCAGGUCCCAGUGAGUGUCCUCUAUGAGGACCUUCAGGUCUCCUCCUCUUCAGAAGACAGUGAUGGGCAGUGAGUGAUGGGACAGCAGAUGCCACCCUCCUGCUCAGACUUGACAGACACUUUCAGACUGGUCCUCUCUGGGUUAGCCAGCUAGAUGACAUGACUGGGACCUGUCAGAUCCACUUCCAAAUGACCCUUCUGGUGUGCGUGGACUCACAUCUCUGCACAGAGCCUCACCUCAGCAUGGACUCUGGACUCUGACCUGAGAAGACCUCUGAAGAAAAGUCACCUGUCCUCUCCAUUGUGAUUAUCAAUG